AUGAGGUGCACGCGCUGGGUGCUGCUCGCCGCCGUGGCGCUCGUCGCCGCGCAGGCCUCGCAGGACGUGCAGUCCGUGGCGCUGGCCGAGCUGGAGCAGACGCUGCUGGUCUCCUCGCCGCUCGAGGGCGGCCGCCGCCUGCUGAGCGCCGACCUGUUCGAGGAGCACGCGGCGCGGUACCUGAUGGCGGCCGCCGACACGACGGCGGAGGCCACGGCGCUCUUCAAGCUCUACAAGAAGCUGUACCCGGACACGGUCAAGGCCUGGGGCUCCACGGAGGCGGCGCAGCUCGCGUACUUCGAGGAGAAGGUCUUCCCCAACAUCCAGGCCAAGGCCAAGAAGCUGCUGUCCGAGGAGAGCUCGAGCUCCGCCUCGGGCUCCAGCGGUACGAGCGUGGGCGACGAGUCCGGCACGGGCACCAGCGGCAAGACCUCGGGCACGACCACGUCGGGCAGCUCCAAGACCAACAACGGCAGUGGAACGUCCACCACCAGCGGCAGCGGCAAGACCUCCACGAGUGGAACGUCCACCACCGCCAGCGGAAGCGACAAGACGUCCACGAGCGGCACAUCGGGCACGUCCACCUCCAGCGGCACGUCCACUUCGAGCGGCACUACCAACAGCGGCAGUACCAGCAGCAGGACCACGACCAGCGGCACGUCGACGUCUAGCGGAACCUCGACCAGCAGCGGCACGUCUACUACCAGCGGCACGUCGACGUCCAGCGGAACCUCGACCAGCAGUGGCACGUCUACUACCAGCGGCACGUCGACGUCCAGCGGAACCUCGACCAGCAGCGGCACGUCUACUAGCAGCGGAACCUCGACCUCCAGCGGCACGUCGACUAGCAGCGGAACCUCGACCUCUAGCGGCACGUCGACCUCCAGCGGUACUUCCACCAGCAGCGGGACCUUGACGGCGACCUCGACGUCUUCGACGACGAGCAGCGCGUCGGGCUCGUCUUUCUGGUCGACGACCUACAACUCGAAGCUGUCGUCGAACGUGGACUCUCUCAAGUCGCAGACCAGCACGGUCGAGACCGUCGUCGAGUCGGCGUCCGGCAGCACUUCAAGCUCCUCCGCCGCGUCUGCGUACACGUCGCCGACUGUCAUCAGCGGCUACACGAGCCCGAGCCGUCGUUUCCUGUCGAGCGGCAGCUCGGACACGUCCAACAUCGACGUGCUGUUCUGCGAUAUCGAGGGCAACGCCAUCUGGAAGUGGAGCGCCGAGGACGUGCCCGACGCCACGGUCACCAACUCGUCCAGCACCACGACCGAGAUCGACGUGGAUGUGGACGGCGUGUGCUCGGCCACGACGACGCUUACCGUGUCGGCGUACCAGACUGGCUGCUCGCUGCAGAACCACCCGGAGGGCUGCGACAACGUGUACUACAAGGGCUGCGGUGGUAUUACCGUGUCCCCCACGAGCGACCGCAUUGUGAUUGCCCGUACUGGUGGCCGUACCCUUGGUGUGCUCAACUACAAGAACGUGGACAACGCCUGCCAGGGCCAGGUGGUGGAUGCCAUCUCGACUUACCGCGGCAAGAAGUUCAACAGCCCCACGUACGCUGAGUACGCCAACAACGGCAUCCUGUACUUCACAGACAGCCCCUUCGGUCUGGCCACCAGCGACGCGGACUUCGACGGUGACACUCUGGACAACUCCCCGCUCCGUGAGAUCCCCUUCAACGGUGUCUACAUGCUGCGUAACGGCACGGGCCAGUCUGUGGAGCUGGUGGACUGCGAUAUGACGCGUCCAAACAAGAUCGCCUUCUCCCCUGCCCAGGACAUUAUGUACAUUACUAACUCGCAGAAGGGCAACUCGUACGUCAAGAGCUACGUCAUGGCGGACGACGGUACGGUCAGCAACUCGAGCGUCUUCUUCAACUUCACGGCUCACCCCGAGCUUGAGACCGACGACGGCUACGCCAAGGGCAUCAAGGUCGACGACAACGGAUACGUGUACGUGGUGUGCUACAAGGGCGUGUACAUCUUCUCUGACGAGGGCGAGCUGGCUGGCGCCAUCAUGAGCUCCGAGGAGCUGGACUCCGUGAGCAUGGGUCUCGGCCGUCUCUUCAUCUCGGGCAGUUUUGGCCUCGUGGCGCAGACCAGUGUUUACCCGGACCGGACCAUCCAGGCGCGCAAGCGCUCAACCUCUCUUGAUUGCAAGAGACUCGAACACGACACCGUCGUGCGCCUCAAUUCAAUGCUCAUCGUGGUGGAGCUGGAGCGCAAUCGCUCAUUCUCCUUCGUUCUUUGCGUGUGCUCGCUUUGGUCCGCCUUCGAUAUGGUCUCGACUGCUGUGGCAGUCGAAAUCACCUUGAUGCUCGUGGCGACGGCGUCGGCUGUCGACUCGCGCUCCAUUUGGGCAGCGCAGGAGCUCUACGACGUCCACAACUGCUCGGGCACGCCUGCUGCAGUGAGCCUCGCGACGGUGACCACCUGCUCGCCCAGCGCGUGCGCGUCCGUCGAGAUCAACAACGCGACCCAGUUCGUCGACCUCGAGUGCAACAUCACCGAUCGGUUCGCGUACGCUGAGGAGGUCUUCGGGGAGUUCAACUUCAUCGUCGUGGAGGAUUACGCCGCCGCCGGGUGCGAUAACCUACGGCUGACGACGGUACUGCCAGCCACCGGAAGCUGCGCCGAGUCGACGCUGUACGGGAGCUACUCGAUCGUCUCGACCCUGUUCGCGAAUGGGUCGGCGGUGAUAUCGCUGUACGACGGUGAGGACUGUGACGGAGACGCUUACAUGGACUUCGUUCUGGAUAGCGGGAACAUCUCGAGUGGAGACUGCGUUCAAGACUACUACAAGUUCUACACCAGUGCUAGCAUGAAUGGAACUGUAGGCGCCGACUCCAGCUCGGUUGCUCGUACUCGAGGGAGCAACGGAGCAUCAGCUACUUCUGGGACGACAACUGCGCGCGUCGACCGCGACAAGAUCGACUUCGAAGGCGUGAUCAGCCACGGAGGCUACGGACAAGUGGUGUCGGGCUGGUUCAACGGCCAACACGUCGCGGUGAAGAUGCUGCUACCGGAGAACCGCAAGAGCGUGAAGCACCUGACUGCAUUCCUGGAAGAGGUGAGGCUCACGGCGACGCUGGAGCACCCUCGGACCGUGCGUUUUGUCGGAGUAGCCUGGGAUUCUCUCUCCGAUCUGUGUCUGCUGACCGAGUUCAUGGAGGGAUGUGACCUGCGGACAUUGCUCGAUUCCUACGAGGCUCAGAACGAACCAGUCGGCUGGAACAAGACCAAGGUGACGAUCGCUCUUCACGUGGCGCACGCGCUCACGUAUCUCCACUCACUGGACCCGCCAGUAUUACACCGCGACCUCAAGUCGAGGAACAUUCUGCUUAGUGCAGACCUCGAGGCGAAGCUCACGGGCUUUGGGUGUCACGAGAGCAGGAAGACCAGACCAUGA